UGUUCUGCCACGCAGGCACACUGAAGUCAACCAACCGCUGUAGAUGGGUGGGAUCAGCCGGCCAGUCUGGUGGUAGCCACGUAGCUAGCUAACAACGUUAGCUGUGCAGCGAACGUCAGUGAACGUCACAAUGGACUUGCCACAUCAGGGGUACCGAGCAACUAAACCGAGAGCUCGUGCAGCUCCCCCCACAGCAGAUUCUGUCCUGUUUGAUGACACCAGCUCUGCAGCACCAGCAAUGAACAGUCAAGGAUACUACACUCCCGGCUACAAUAUGGCAGGACCCUCAAAUGACAUGCAAGGAGGUGCUGGGCCGAACAACCUGUUUGCUGACCCAAUGGCCAACGCUGCAAUGAUGUACGGCUCCUCACUAGCCAACCAAGGGAAGGAUAUAGUGAACAAAGAGAUCAGCAGGUUCAUGUCUAUAAACAAGCUGAAAUACUUCUUUGCUGUUGACACCAGAUAUGUGAUGAAGAAACUUAUGAUCCUCAUGUUCCCUUACACACAUCAGGAUUGGGAAGUUCGUUACCACCGGGACACUCCACUGACUCCAAGACAGGAUGUGAAUGCACCGGAUCUUUACAUACCAACGAUGGCUUUCAUUACCUACAUUUUACUUGCUGGAAUGGCCCUCGGCAUUCAGAAACGGUUCAGUCCAGAGGUUCUUGGUCUGUGUGCCAGCACCGCCCUCGUGUGGGUCAUCAUCGAGGUGUUGGUGAUGCUGUUGAGUUUGUACCUGCUGACGGUACACAGCGACCUCUCAACAUUCGAUCUCAUUGCUUACAGUGGAUACAAAUAUGUCGGGAUGAUCUUCACAGUGUUGUGUGGCUUGCUGUUUGGCUCUGAUGGUUAUUAUGUGGGCCUUGCCUGGUCCUCUUGUGCCCUAAUGUUCUUCAUUGUUCGAUCUCUGAAGAUGAAGAUCAUUCCCUCGCUCUCCACGGACACCAUGGGAACUGGAUCAAGUACCAAACCUCAAUUCCGCCUUUAUAUCACUGUGGUUACUGCAGUGUUUCAGCCAAUCAUUAUAUAUUGGUUAACCUCUCACUUGGUCAGGUGACCGUGAGGCAUUUCACAGCCUGAAGUCCAAAUGCAUUGGACCCAAAACAUUUGGUUGAGUGUUUGUACUCCUGCCUUUAUACACUCUUGUCAGUAAACUCAAAACGUAUGUAGACUGUGUUGAACUGCAGCGUGUGUUGAGCUUGUCAGAUGGACAUGUUCAUUAAUGAAAUGAUUUCAUUGAUUUAACCACAAAGUGUGACACGCAAAAUGUCUCGGUGGCAGUUGUUUUCCACCAUGAGUAACUGACAGAUGCUUAUUUUUUGCCACCUAACUUUGAAGACAAGGGCUUUCAUUGUGCAAUUUGGUUAACCACGAUUCAGUUUCCUUUUAUAAAACGUCCCUCAACAUGCUUUCAGUAUUUACACCCCACAGUAACGCCACACAGACAUAAAACGCACUAUGCACAAAUACCAUUUUUCUGGUAUGGUAAUGUUGCUGCAUUGUCCCCCUUUCUUUUGUGAGUCCUGGAUUUUAUUUAACUACAUUUGACAAAGCAUGACAAUGUUUGGAUUUUUUGUAGGAAAAAAAUAAAUAUAUUUAGCUUUGUGUAUUCAAUUUUAA